UGUCCGUGUCCCGGUGCUGCAGCUCCCGCCGCUCCGCUCCGCUCCGCUCCCCGGCCGGCCCGGCCCCGCCAUGGGCGGCGAGGCGGCGGGGUCCCGCUGACCGCCGGCAGCCCGGCCCCCCCCCCCCCCCCCCCCCCCCGGGACCCGGGCUCCGCUGAGCCCGGUUGCUCCGUCACCCGGUGCUCCGGGAACUCGGCUCCGCUGACCCCAGCUCCUCCGUAACCCGGUGCUCCGGCACCCCGGGAACCGCCCCCCCCCCCCCAGCACCCCAGCUUCCCGGGAACCCCCCUACUCCCAGCACCCCGUAUCGCCUCCCCAGCGCUCCAGCUCACCCCGUUCCCCCCCUAACUCAGCAUCCCCCCUCCCCUCGGCACCCCAGAACCCCAGCUCCCCGUUAACCCCAGUUCUCCCAGCGUCCCUGCUCCACGGUAGCUUGGCACCCCGGCUCCCCAGCGCCCCCGGGGACCGCGACCAUGGCGUUCAUGGUGAAGAGCAUGGUGGGGGGACAGCUGAAAAACCUGACGGGGGGCCUGGGCGGCGAGGAGAAGAGCGAGAGCGAGAAGUCUCCGGCCGAGGCGCAGGGCAUGACCCGUGAGGAGUACGAGGAAUAUCAGCGGCAGCUGGUGGAGGAGAAGAUGGAGAGAGAUGCCCAGUUUGCCCAGCGCAAGGCGGAGAGGGCCACGUUCCGGUCCCACUUUCGAGACAAGUACAGGCUCCCCAAGAACGAAACGGAUGACAACCAGAUCCAGCUGGUGGGAGGCGAUGUGGAGCUGCCCAAAGAGCUGGCCAAGAUGAUCGAGCAGGACAACGAGGAGGAGGAAGAGAAGAACUCGGUGAUCGGCCAGCUCAGCAACAUCCAGAACCUGGACCUUGACUCCUUGAAAGACAAAGCUUCGGCCACACUAGAGGACCUGAAGCAAUCGGCUGAGAAAUGCGCCGUGAUGUGACCCGGCUGAGCCCCCCUCUCCCCGUCAACGUGACGGUUGGGGAGAAGGGAGGGGAUGAAGCGAAGGGUCUGGCGGUGGCUGUUGCCUGCAGCGGGGACCCCACUGAUGUUGUCACCCUUGCCUUGUGUGAGUCGGGUCCUCUUCCGAGCCGUGAAGCCUCAAGUCCCUGACCCAGAUGUCCCUGCUGUGUGGUUUUUGUUUUGUUCUCCGGUCUGAGAUUACAGCAAAAAGCCAGCAUGUCCCCUCCAAUACCCCAACGCCUCCUCCUCUGCCCGUGGGUGUCUUUAGCGAGAGCUGGGGAGGGGGGUGGUUUGUAGGGAGGGAAAUCCCUGAGCGAUCUGAGAGCGCAGCUGAACCACGUCAGCAUGGGAAGGCAAAGGCUUUCCAAGCAGAGCGGUGCCCGUACACUGUGUCUCUGCCUACACAUUUCAACCGAGCCCCCCCAGAAGUGACAGGGAGGCCCCAGUUUUCUUGGCAAGGAUGAGGCACAAUGUGAAAUGCCCCCCUCCCCGCCCCCAGCCUGCAUCCCCUACCCAUCACACGAGAAAAACCAUCCCGUCCAUGCAAGAAAUACCAACCACUUUUCCCUUGAGGGUCCCCGCAAAGGAUCCAGCUGGGAAGGAGCCCCUUUAGCCCAGCAGGAAGGGGGGUGUUGAGGACCAGAGGAAUAAAGCCUGAAUUAAUUCCAGAGAGGAAUAAACCCCGAAUUAAUUCCAGAGAGGACUAACCCCCCUCCUCGGUGCUCAUUUGAACCUGCAGCAGCCCUUCCCCAGAGCGGCAGCGGCACACCCUCCUUCUCCCAGGGUGGGACCCACUCGUGUCCUUGUUCUUCCCAGGAGAAGAACAAAUUGAUAAGGGAAAACCUCCUCCUCUGUCGUGCUGUAGUUGUGCGCUGUGCUCAGCUGAGUGUCUCUCCACCUCCUGUACCGUCCCCGUGCCAUGGUACUGUUAUAACCAGUGGAAUAAAUACCAGGAGAUGUCUAUGCA